AUGAGUCGGAACCUGAGAGGAAACGUACGCAAGUCAACUAAGUAUUUUCCGAAUCAGGCGUCAAUAGAAACUCCUCAUAGCAUCACAAUGGUUCUCAAAGUUGAGGAAUGUAAUGAUGAUGACAUGCAUCGGGUCUUUGAGAUCUUUUGCCAGGCGUUCGGGACUAGACACCCCAUGAUUGAGGCAGUCUAUCCAAAUCAUGAUACUGAGGCUGGUAGAAUUAGUGGUGGAAACCGCUUUCGGGAUAUUAAAAACAACGAUCCCCACACGAAAUUUCUCAAAGUCGUGGAUACUGACACGGGCGCUAUAAUUGCAAAAGCCAAAUGGAAUAUUUGGAAAGGUGUGAUCCCACCCGAGGAAGAUUUAGAUGGCGAUUUUUGGGAAACUGCGGAGGAAAAGGAGUGGGCUCAGCAUUUGAACCGAGACUUCCUGAUCACUCGUCGGGCGGCCAUUAAAGAAUAUGAAGGCCAUUUAGUUUCAUUGGAUAUCCUUGCUGUUGACCCCGAUUAUCAACGUCGGGGAGUAGGUCGUCUUUUGGUCAAAUGGGGAACUGCAAUCGCUGAUGAACUUGGAUAUGCGGCCAUAGUAGAAGCAUCUGUAGCUGGCCGAUCACUAUAUGAAUCCGAGGGAUUCGAAUAUGUUAAACAUUGCGAAACAAAAAUACCAGAAAGGUUCGGUGAUCGAAAAGGAGAAGGGUUCAUAUGGAUGGUGAGGCCAGCGAAGAAGUAG